GAUAAUAAACCACUGCCAAUUGUAUACAGCAACAGUCUCCCCGAAUCGCGGUUCGUCGCGAAUCGUGAUAAUCGGCUCCGGCGCGAACAAAGCGUACGACUUAUUCGCGUAAGUGUGAGGUGCAUUAACGCUUUCGUCACGACUGCGUCUCUGUGACUAUAAGCGGAAAGUAGAAGAUCUUGCGAGAUGCAACAGUAAGUAGAUCCCACAACCAUUUUUCUCUCAGCCUACGCAUCUUUCUUGCAUGCUGCAACAAUGACUCAAACUACUACUGCCGACUCUGCUGCUCCCGACCGUAAGCACCUCAUAAACGGGUUCAUCAGCGGCUCCCUCAAUGGCAGCCUGAACGGACAUAUCAAACCUCAGUCCAAUGGUUCAUCUCAGCAUGAUGCUGCGGACGAGCCCGAGAUUAUUGAUAUCAGGCAGAACGGACUGUCUCUGUCGCUCACCGAUGACAUUCACAAGGGUCUCCACGCACCUUCUGGAGCGCGAAGUCUCCCUGGACUACUUCUGUGGAACGAUGAGGGUCUGAGAUUGUUCGAGGAAGUCACGUACGAGUCCGAGUACUAUCUUACCAACGCUGAGAUCGCCCUGCUCGAGGGUCACGCGCAAGAGAUAGCCAAAGACAUUGAAGCGGGCAGUAUACUCCUCGAGUUGGGCAGUGGCAACCUUAGGAAAGUGAACAUCUUGCUCAAAGCGCUAGAUGCGCAGCAAAAGGACGUCGAUUACUAUGCGCUGGAUUUGGACCGUUCCGAGCUGGAGCGCACCUUACGGCAGGUGCAACCCGGGACCUUCCGGCAUGUACGGUGUCGUGGCCUCUUAGGCACGUAUGACGAAGGGCAGACGUGGCUAUCACAGCCAGAUAAUGCAUCUCGGCCGAAAUGUGUGAUGUCGCUAGGCUCGACCAUUGGUAGCAUGACCAGGGCAGAAUGCGCCGACUUUUUGCGAGCAUGGGCAGCAACUCUAUUGGCGGACGCAGGCGAUCGGUCAAAAGGAAGUAAGAACCGCGUCAUUAUGGGCAUUGACGCCUGCAAAGAUGCGGACAAAGUCUGGCACGCGUACAAUGACAAGGCGGGCUGCAACAAGCGUUUCAUACUGAAUGCGCUUACUUACGCGAACACGCAGCUAGGCAGAGAAGCUUUCAACCUGCAGGACUGGACAUCGCAGGGCGUGUGGGAAGCUGAGGAGGGCAGGCAUAGUCAAUAUGUCGUGCCACUGACAGACGUGCAAUUCGACGACGUGCGACUUGCGAAGGGCGAGAAGGUCUAUGUGGUGUCGAGCUAUAAGUACGAUAAGGCGGAGGGACGUCGUCUGUUCGAUCAAGCGGGCCUCGAGGAGUUAAAGAGCUUUAUGAAUCAGGAUAGUUCUUACGGCCUCCACGUUCUUCGUCCGCGUGUGCUGUGUAACUGAGUCGUACCGUCUCUCCACAUUUGGAGAGGUCUCAUGCAUGAGCGGAAGCAGGGAGCAUAGAAUCGAGAGACGGUCAAGGCGCAGCUGAAAAAGCGAAAAGUCCAGCAUUUGCAGGUGUACGGACCUUGCAAGCAUUACUACUUGUCAAACAUUCUAGACACAUCAUGCCCACCGAAGCCGAUGCUGAUGCAACCUCUGCAUCAUGUGUGCUACGACGCCAGUAUAUCUUUCAUUGACGGCGUCAACUCUGCUCCCACCGCUUCUCUAUUGCUCACCAAGAGCGUCUUAAAGAUCUAAUAGGGGGUCUGUCAUUUCGCGCACGCAGUGCAAAAGGUCGCUAAUGCGCCUUCACCGACUCAUCUAGUUUUAUUUCGAGCUUCGUGAGGUCUUCGAGGGUACA